CUCAUCUGUUACCCUUUCGUAUCAACUUUCAUCUUCAUUAUUGCAUAAUAGUUGCGAGAUUACUUAUAGCUUACUCUACUUGGCCCACCAUGCGAUUCUUUCUUGGUGCAGCGCUGGGCCUGCUGUCUUCCACGCUAGUCGUGGCCCAGACUUAUACCGAUUGCAAUCCGACACAGAAAUCAUGCCCCGCGGAUCCUGCAUUUGGCCAAUCUGACAAGACGUUCGAUUUCACAAGUGGCGCAUCUGACGCUUUCAAAUCGACUGGAUCCGUCACAUAUGACCAAACGAAUGGUGCAACCUUCACUAUUGCUAAGCAGGGUGAUGGCCCUCUGAUUCAGUCCGGCUGGUACAUCAUGUUCGGCCGUGUGGAAUGCACUAUCAAGGCAGCACCGGGGACCGGAAUCGUGAGCAGUGCAGUUCUGCAGUCCGACGAUUUGGACGAGAUUGACUGGGAGUGGCUGGGUGGAAACAACGCCCAAGUGCAAACCAAUUACUUCGGCAAAGGAGACACAAGUUCAUUCAGCCGUGGCGCCUACCACGAAAAUUCCGGAAACCAUGACGACUUCCACACUUUCUCCAUCGACUGGACCAGCAGCCAGAUUGUGUGGGCGAUUGAUGGCAAGACUGUUCGUGUUCUCACACCCGAGACGGCAGACACCAACCAGUACCCACAGAGCCCGAUGAUGAUCAAGGUCGGUGUGUGGGCUGGCGGUGAUUCGAACAAUGCCAAGGGCACUAUCGACUGGGCUGGUGGUCAAACAGACUAUAGCCAAGGCCCCUUCAAGAUGUAUAUGAAGUCAAUGACCGUGACUGACUACUCCACCGGAACUUCGUACAGUUAUGGUGACAGAAGUGGCUCAUGGCAGUCAAUUGUCGCGGAAGGAGGCAAAAUCAAUGGCAACAAAGGCGCCGAGCCCACGUCGACCGAGUCCGCACCUGCAAUUACUUCAACCAUUGACAGCGUCCCAGUUCCCUGGAGUGGAACCCACAAAGAAACCUCAAGCUGGGUCACCCCAAAUGUCUGGCCCUGGGUGGCGACCGACCCUCCUUCGGCCUCGUCGACGGGAUAUCAGUAUGACUGGGAGUCUAGCUCCGGCCACAACAAGCCACCAGGUGGAGGCUCAAUGAUCUACCUUCCGCUUUAUAUCAGCAGUAUUGCCUUUUUCUUCGGUUGCCUUUUCCCGCUCUGGCGUUGAGAUUUCGUGACGAACCUCGACUCGAGGAUGAGCAGAAUCAUAUGUUCGAUCAAACCUAUUACUGCCAUUACUUCUACCAACACGCUCACUCGAGAUGAUACAGCGGCAGCUUUCGGUCCUCAUAUUGCUCCACCGGUGGGCAGUGCGAAUAGCCCGUUCCUGCAAUGGCAGGUGUCUUGUGUGCUCUCUUUGGGCGUGUUACUGCAUUGGCUUGAACGCAUCCGCGUUUGUAUUAUUAUUGAUGACUUCAUCGGACCCGGCGUUGGUUUAUAUUUUUACUGGACAUGACACUUGAGCGAUGACUUUAACGGCUCAUGCAGCCGCAGCAUUUGGGCGCUUAGAGGCAGCUUCUAUUCUUGUUUACACUCUACUUUUAUCAUUCAUAGAUGUCAAAACGGGAAUACCCCAUUGAUGGGACACGCGUGCCCUACAUACAUAACGAGUCUUCAUGUAUUCAUAGCCUAUUGGACUACCCAUAGUCUUCCCGUUAAUCAAAG